AUGAUCAUGGAGCUUCCCGAUUCCACCGGCGGCGACCGUAACCUCAACGGGCCGCCCUCACUGCAGCACAACUACCACCACCAGGACGCCCGCUCCGGCCUUGGAAUCGACCUCAACGAGGUCCCUUCGCCUUCCUCUUUGUUUCCCGAAACCCUACCGGACUCGGUCACAGUUGACGUUGUCCGUACAUAUCACGAGAACCCCGGGCCGCCGCCAGGAGCCCCUGCUGCCCUCCCCAGGGGCGGCCUUGCUCCCUGCGCUGCCUGCUCCAAGCCCUCCCCUGCAGCCGCCGGUAGCCACCACCACCUUGUUGUGUGUGACGGCUGCGAGCGUGGAUUCCACCUUGCCUGUGCCGGAAUUCGGGGAGGAGGACGUCAGGCUGCUAGCCUUGAGGAAUGGGUCUGCGCCGAGUGCGUGGCUGCUGGAGUUAAGAGCAAACGGUGGCCGUUGGGAGUGAAGCAGCUUCUUGAUAUCAAUGCUCCGCCACCAAGUGAAGCGGAUGGCGAUGGAGAUGCAGAUGUGCAGGAUUUGAGUGUGAAGUUAAACCCUUUUGAGAGGUUUUUCAGUGAGGUUAUCGGUGAUGAGUUUGAAAAUUUGGAGAGUUUUUUAGUAUCAACAAGAAGCAAGCGCGAGCUGCAUGGGGAGAAUAGGAUAGGAGGAAUUGCCAUCAUUGUUAUCACGCGCGGCAUUGCGUUUGGGGCCUCACAGCGCCAUGCUGUUCCUGUGAUACCUAGAGGAGUGAAAUGCGGUGUCACAGUUAUUGUGAACUCUGCUGUGUUUCUGGCUGGCUCGUUGUACUCUGGUGGAGUUUUCGGCCAACUAUGGUGGAACUCUGGCAUGCUGUUCUGUGGUCUCUACUCUGUUCACAUCCUUUGGAAUCUAAAGCACACUCUGGGUGAUAAUUCUUUUGGUGCCAAUCCAUUUGGUGCCCCGGUGACGUAUUCAAACUUCUAUAAUGGAAAUGCUACUGGCUUCCAAAAGGCUUCUGGAGGUUUGACACAUGCUGAUAGAGCAGGUUUUGAGGAUAUAUUGAAUCAUAGUAGAAACUUUGAGGAGGUACGUACAGAUUUCCCUCUUAGAAUUCAGAGUAGUAGCAAUAAUACAGCUAUUAUAAUACCAUCUCAUAGUUCAAAUGGGAUAUUUUUGCAGGCUCUUAGAGAUUUUAUAUCUCAGCGACGUGGUUGUCUAGAGGAAGGUUGGCGAGUGGAAUUUAGACAAUCAGUGAGCAGCUCUGAACUAUAUGCAGUUUACUGUGCACCAGAUGGAAAGACAUUUGAUUCUGUGUAUGAAGUAGCUUGUUAUUUGGGGCUAACAUCUGGCUACAAUUCUGUUGAAUCUGAGCUAAGAAAUGAGAGGUCUCUCCCUUCAUUAAGUGGGUCUGUAUCCAGAAAAAAAAAGUCAACAAGAUCUCCCGUAGUCAAUGGUUUUACUGAAAAACGGGGAACCAUGGUGAGUAGUAAUUGUAAGGAUCCUUCUUCUGAUGGUUUAAAUGCAGAAUGUGCUGGUGCUAGAGGGAAUAUCCCAAAACCCUCUGAAAUUGGAAGAAGAGAGGAUGGCCACUCCUGCCCUCAGCAAUAUGAGGAUGAACUUCCUCUACAGUUCAAGGACUUCUUUGUUCUAUCUUUGGGGCAAGUUGAUGUCAGACCAUCAUAUUAUGAUGUUAAUCUUAUCAGUCCUGUAGGUUAUAAGUCUUGUUGGCAUGACAAGAUUACUGGCUCUCUUUUUACAUGUGAAGUUUUGGAGGGUGGUGAUUCUGGACCUAUAUUUAGGAUCAAAAGGGGUUCCUGUUCAGAAGUUCCUGUUCCAGUUGGGUCUACCAUCCUCUCAAUGUCAAAAUUUUGUCAAUUUAAGAGUCAGGCCAAUGAAGGUGAGAGAAAAACUAAUGGUAGUAUGGAUUUUGAUGAUGGUGAAAGUAUCCAGAUGAUGCUUGAAGACCCUUGUGUGCCAAUGGAAAAUGAUGUCCAAAGUUGCUUUGCAAGCUUCUCAAUUAAGGAUACUCAUACAUCAGAUGUAUUAAGCACUGAUAUUGGUUCAGUUCAAGAUAAUACUAGAAAUUCAUUAGCUGAUAAAUUAAAGUUUAAUGAUGGAAUUGGUGAAAUUUUGGUGGAAGAGCGGUCAUCAUGCUCUGCAUGGAGAGUUAUUUCUCAGAAGUUAGUUAAUGCUUGCAAGGAUAUCUGCAAACAGAAAGGAACUAUCAAGUUCUAUUGUAAUCAUGUUGAGAACGAAACAUGCUUACAUCAAUGGGAUUUAAGGAAUGCAAAAGGUGAUACAUACUUUACUUCGUUGGAUAAAUUUUGUGGUUCCCUUGGUUCAGUUGGCAUCCCAGAUGUAAUUUAUGCAGACAGUGACCUGGAAGGUAUCUCCGAGGCAUUGAGAAAAUGGUUGGAGCAGGACAGGUUUGGAUUAGAUGUCGAUUUUGUUCAAGAAGUAUUGCAACAGCUUCCUGGUGUUGACACUUUGCAGUAUGAGCUUUUAAGUAAUAGAGAUAACAGCUCGUCAUUGCCAACAGUAGGAAAUGGUUUCUUAGUGGUUGAAUGGAGAAAUGGAUCAAAAUAUCAGGAAACAGUUCAAGGUUUAUACAGGAGGUCCAAGAAGGCUAGUUUGACUGAAAAAAGCUUUAAGGAAGGUCGUCAUCCACCACUUGGGAAGCCAUUAUGCUCUAGGGCUCCAGGCGAUUUGAUUGGUGACAUUUUUCAGGCUUGGGAACUUUUAGAGCGAUUUAAUGAAGUUCUGGACCUGAAAGAACCAUUGUCAUUAGAUGAGCUUGAGAAGGAACUAAUUAACCCUUGGUUUGAUGGAUUGGAUUUUCUUGAGAAAUCUGAGAGGAGCAUUGAUGAAAGUCAAGUUUUAGUUUCUCAGGGAACUGAUGGUAAUUGUAGACCAUUAUUGUCUCCAAGACUUGAAACUGGUCCAUCAAGUUCCAAAGAAAGUUCUCAUGCAUUUAUUCAAGUGGAAACAGAAGCAAUGAAAGACGCCGCUGAAGUGGAGCUUGCAUCUUUCACUUAUGCCAGAUGCUUUGGUGUAACUUUGACCAAGGCUCAUAAUUCAUUGCUAAGAGUGCUAAUAGGUGAAUUGCUAUCAAGGGUGGCUGUCCUGGUGGAUCCAAAUUCGGAACCUGGAGAAACACGAACAAGACGGGGGAGAAGGAAAGAUAUGGAUAGUGCUGCUCCUGCUAAACGAACAAAGCUCAAUAUGCUUCCUAUUAAUGAAUUGACCUGGCCAGAGUUAGCUCGUAGAUAUAUCUUGGCUUUUUUAUCAAUGGAUGGCAACCUUGAGUCUGCUGAAAUUACUGCCCGUGAAAGUGGUAAAGUAUUUCGAUGCUUACGAGGUGAUGGUGGUUUGCUGUGUGGUUCUCUUACUGGUGUUGCUGGGAUGGAAGCAGAUGCACUGCUGCUGGCAGAGGCGACAAAGAAAAUUUUUGGUUCUUUGAGCAGAGAAAAUGAUGUACUAACCAUGGAAGAAGAAGAGUCUGAUGCAAAGGGUGCUUCUGAGAAAAACUUGGCAAAUGAUGGUAAUGUUCCUGAAUGGGCGCAAAUGCUAGAACCUGUGAGAAAGCUACCAACAAAUGUAGGCACCCGAAUCAGAAAGUGUGUUUAUGAUGCUCUGGGUAAGGAUCCACCAGAAUGGGCAAGGAAAAAACUGGAGCAUUCAAUCAGUAAGGAAGUGUACAAGGGCAAUGCUUCUGGACCUACAAAGAAAGCAGUUCUUUCAGUGUUGGCUGAUGUUGCGGGUGAAGGAUUGUACUCAAAUCCAACUAAAGGACAGAAAAAGAAGAUUGUUAUAUCAAUUUCUGACAUUAUCAUGAAACAAUGUCGGAUUGUAUUACGCCGUGCUGCUGCUGCAGAUGAUUCAAAGGUUUUUUGCAAUUUACUGGGAAGAAAAUUAAUAAAUUCUUCAGAUAAUGAUGAUGAGGGGCUUCUUGGAUCUCCAGCCAUGGUGGCUCGCCCACUUGACUUCCGCACUAUUGACCUAAGAUUGGCUUCUGGAGCUUAUGGUGGAUCUCAUGAAGCUUUUCUUGAGGAUGUUCGUGAGCUGUGGAACAAUGUUCGUGUUGCUUUUGGGGAUCAACCUGAUUUAGUUGAACUGGCUGACAAAUUAUCCCAAAACUUUGAAUCACUAUACAAUGAGGAGGUUGUCACGAACAUUAAAAAAUUUAUGGAGUAUGCUAAAGUGGAAUGCUUAACUGCAGAAAUGAGAAAGGAAGUUGAUGAUUUUAUUGAGUCAACAAAAGAGAUUCCAAAGGCCCCUUGGGAUGAGGGAGUCUGUAAAGUAUGUGGCAUUGAUAGGGAUGAUGAUAGUGUUUUACUAUGUGAUACUUGUGAUGCUGAGUAUCAUACAUAUUGCUUGAAUCCUCCACUUGCAAGGAUCCCUGAGGGAAACUGGUACUGUCCGUCCUGUGUUGAUGGUAAACAUGCAACUCAAGAUGUUACAGAACGUACACAGGUUAUUGGCAAACGCAGAAGUAAAAAAUUCCAGGGUGAAGUUAAUUCUCUUUACUUGGAAUCCCUAACUCAUUUAUCAACUGUAAUUGAAGAGAAAGAAUACUGGGAGCAUAGCGUGGGCGAGAGAACUUUCCUUCUCAAAUUUUUAUGUGAUGAGUUGCUUAACUCUUCCCUGAUACGCCAGCACCUUGAGCAAUGUGCAGAGGUGUCAGCUGAGUUACACCAGAAAUUGCGGGCACACUCUGUAGAGUGGAAAAACCUGAAAACAAGAGAGGAUAUUUUAUCCACAAAAGCAGCAAAAAUUGAUACUUCCUCAUUAAAUACUGCUGGAGAAGUUGGUCUUAAGGAAGGGAUUACUACUUCAUUAUCAAAUACUGGUAAAUGUUUGGUCCAGCCACAUACUGCAGUUGACAAUCCGAGUAAUUUUGGGGUAUUUGUUGAUAGUCUGCCUUCAGAAGACACCACUAAAGAGAAGUAUAAGUUUGAUAGUGUUGAUAAAAGCAUAUCUGUGACAAACUCAGAUUCUGAUAGCCAAAAUAUGAAUUCCUUAGAUGUGGAGGGACAAUUUAGAAAUGUCUCUGGUGCUGCGGAAUCCCAAUGUACUGAUAAAUCCCCCAAAUCUUUUCCAUCACCAAAUAUGUCUCAAGAAAUAAAUGGUUCUGGUGGAGCAGUUCAUGCCCAGGGCAACCACCAGAAAUGUGAGGGAAGGGAUAUAUCUACUCCUGUGACAUGCCGGCAAGGUGGGGUGCCCGGUGAUGUUUCACAGAUUACUUUGAAUGAGUCAGAACCCUAUCACCUUGAGCUCAAUGCCAUCAAACGUGAUAUUUCAAUAUUGCAGGACUCCAUUACUAGUGUAGUAUCACAGCUGCUGAGGCUCUCAGUACGCCGAGAAUUUUUGGGCAUUGAUUCCAUAGGUCGAUUGUACUGGGCUUCGACUUUGCCUGGAGGACAUUCACGUAUAGUUGUUGAUGCAAGUGCUACGCUGCUGCAUGGAAGAGGAAUGUCGUUUAGCAGAGACUAUGUGGAGAAGUUUUCUGUUCUGCAGCAUUGUGCACUAUCUGACAAGGAUUCCUCUCCUUUCAUGUCUCAGCUUAGAAAUGAUUUGAGCAAUAGUUCACCAUGGAUUGCGUAUGAAACCGAUACUGAAAUUGAAGAGCUCUUAGGUUGGUUGGACGAUAAUGACCCUAAAGAAAGGGAACUGAAAGAUUCCAUCAUGCAGGGGCCAAGAUCAAGAUUCCAAGAGUUCCUUAAUGCACAGAGUGAAGAGAAGGCCCAGGACCAAGGACCUAUUUCUUUGCCAAGAAAUAGAGAGAAAACAGAAUCUAAUUCUCUUGUUACAAAGGCGACUUUCUUGCUGGAAAAGAAAUAUGGUCCCUUCUUUGAGUGGGGUCUUGAGAUGUCGAAGCAAAAUAAAGAGGCAUUAACAAUUAACGAUGAAAAGUUGUUAAGGUGCGAGUGCCUAGAACCCAUAUGGCCUUAUAGGAAACACUGCACAUAUUGUCACAAAACUGUUAGUGAUGUUGAAUUUGAUGGACACAAUGAUGGCAAGUGUAAUGCAGUUCCUCCGGUUGCAGAGAAGAAUAGGGACAAAAUUGGUUCUUCUAAAGAAAAAGGGAACUCAAAAAGUGAUACCUCACAGGAGAAAUUCAGAGCUGAUGCAGAAACAACCGCAGUUGGUGGGUGUUCUAAGCUUAGCUCAAGAUUGAUUAAAUUUUCAAAUGAAGAAUCUACGUGCCCAUUUAAUUUUGAAGAUAUAUGUUCCAAGUUUGUGACAAAUGAUUUCAACAAAGACCUUGUCAAAGAAAUAGGCCUUAUUGGUUCAAAUGGUAUCCCAUCUUUUGUCCCUUCUGUAUCUCCUUUUGUUAGCGAGUACAUGCUAUUCUCUGCUCCAAAGGAUGAUAACAUUAUUGGUGGUGUGUCCAAACCAACAGAAAGCCGGAGUUCUCAGGGAAACACUGAUGGAGCCGGCACAUGUCUUGACCAUAAUUCAAGCAUUUCUACUGGAAGGUUAGCUGCAAAUGAAAGCAAUAAAUCCAACAAAUCAUCCUCGGGAGAACAAAGAGAUGGGAAAUUCUCCUUUUCAGGUUCUGCUUCAGAUAUUGGAGUUGAUAGCUGUUGCGUGGUUCCUUUGUCGUCAUUGAAACCAUUAGUUGGAAAGGUUUCUCACAUUUUGAGGCAACUAAAGAUUAAUCUUCUUGAUAUGGAUGCUGCACUCCCGGCAUAUGCUCUAAGACCAUCAAAGGCUGAGAUCAACAGAAGACAGGCUUGGCGUGCAUUUGUUAAAUCUGCAGAGACUAUAUAUGAGAUGAUUCAGGCAACAUUUACCCUGGAAGAUAUGAUUAAGACGGAGUACUUGAGGAAUGACUGGUGGUAUUGGUCAUCAUUCUCAGCUGCUGUCAAAUCUUCUACUUUGCCUUCCCUUGCCCUUCGCAUAUACUCCCUUGAUUUAGCCAUUAUAUAUGAGAAAACGCCCAAUUCAAGUGUUACUGACAGCUCUGAACCUUCUGCCUCAGCAGAACCGAGACCACUGAUGAAUGUGGAUGCAGAGAAAUCCAAAGGAAGCCGGAAGUCAAACAGGAAAAGAAAGGAAUCAGAUGGUUGA